UCACUUUUCUGACGCGAUGGAAAGAUGCCGAAAGUGCUGAAACGCCGCCACUUGCAAAAUUUUUUCCAAGCGCCGAACAUGGGAUACUUUGUCAGUGAGAGUGUAAAAGCAUAAAAUAAAGCAAAAGAUAUUUUGUUUUUAUCCCAGCAACAUUUUGUGACGAUUAAAAUUGAAAUUCAGUGCAUUUGCGUCAAAAGUGUGAAUAAUUGAAAAUUAUAAAGUGUGAAGUGGAAAAUAGCAACGCGAGGAAAUAUAUAUGUAAUAUAAAGUGACUGGAUUAAAAGGAAAUAAUUAGUUAUUAACAGGAAGAAACAUAAGGAAAUAGCUAGUGGACGAUUUUGUUGAUUCCUCACGUUAUACGUUUGUGCACGAAAAAAAUGUACAAGACUAAAAAAGAAGUGGAUGCCCAUGUGCGAACUGCACUAUCGAAGUUGCGUUCCGAGUCCGAGCGGCAGUUACGAAGUUUUACAAUCGCCAAGCUUUACUACAAAAUCAAUGAAUAUUCCACGGCAGAACAAUAUCUCUGCUCCUACCUCAGCGUAAAAGAAGACAAUGAUCAGGCGCAUAAAUUACUUGGUCAAUGUUAUCAACGGCUUAAGAAACCAGAAAAGGCUCUACAAUCGUUUCAACGUUCCCUACAAUUGAAUUCGAAGCAACCAGAUGUUUUGGCCGAUGUUUGUCAACUAUUGUUGGAAGAUAAAAACUUGAAUGCAAGUAAAGCUAAAUAUUGGUGUGAGUUAGCUGAGUCGGAGAAGGUGCAACACGAUGCAGUUUUCUCAUUACGCUUGAAAUUGAUAAACAAAGAGAAUUUGGAGACCAACCAAGUCGAGGAUUUAAUACAGAAAGAAAUUAGCGCUCGUCCAAAUGAUGUGCAAUUGCGUGUACGCCUUAUGCGUAAUUACAUUGAACAAAAUAAAGUAUUGGAUGCAUUCAAAUAUGUAUACAAUUUCGAAAUGAAUCAGCAGGACAAUUUCUCCAACAGCAGCGAAUGGUAUAAUAUCGUAUGGUUAGUGCUGAACAAAUACGAACAGAUGUCAAACACGAAGAAAGAUUGGGAAUUUUGGUUGUUAAUGGUCAUUUGUCUGGAACGACAAGUGAACAUCAGCUUCACAUUAACAGCUGCCUCUGCAACUGGUGGAGUAACGGAGACUGCGAAUUUACUCUUCAAUUUAGAUCAAUAUCUUUUCAAAGUCACACAGUUGUCAGACAAAUUGUGUGCACAACGUGAAUUAGUUAAUUUGUUUUUGGAUCAUUAUCGUGGUCAGAUGUUGAUUUAUGCGACAGCUUUAAUCUUCAAGCGUGAACUUUUGCAAAACAAAAACAAGUGGAAAGAAACUGUGAAGGUUGUGCUGCCACUAUUGCUACUUGCUUUUCAAACAGACGUGCCAGGCAAUCGUGAACCAUGGAUGAGGCAUACGGACGAACAAGGCAAGCAGUUGAUACAGUUGUGGAAUCGCGAGGGAUCUUUCCGUUGCGCACAGGCUGGUCGUACAUUGCUAUCGUGCAUUGCAGAUGAGUUGGCUACUGAUAAAGAAAAUGCCAACCAACAACUAAACAGUUUGCUUGGUAAUAAUCCUCCAUUGUGGAGCAAUAGCGAUGAAUUGUUGUCACAAAUACGACAAAUUUGCUUGGACAAGAAUUGGCGGCGAAAUGUAUUUGCUGCGCUCUACUGCAACAGUGAUCAGAAAGUGAAAGAACAAAGUUCGCUGUUAAUUAAGAGCCCAAAGCUAGCUGAGCCGGUAUUCGAAUUGCCCACUUACGCGGACGUGGAGCGUUAUGAGGAGGAUGCACAGUACUUAAAACCACAGUCUUUGCAGCAUUUGAUUUACCUCUGCCUGGGUAAUGACAAUCUCGCCUAUGUACGUGCAAAAUAUUUCAGUGGUUUGAAUUUCUCCACACAAAACUUGGCUUUUUGUGGGGCUGAAUCUUUAAAUCAAUUGGAUAUGGACACGUUUUUGUAUGCAGCAACUAUACAAGCCAAACGUACCCUGCAAGUUGAACGCGAAACAUUUGACAAUUAUAACACCGGAAAUCGAAGUGCGUCCGGACGUCCACGCAUUUUGCCAUUCGCUAAUUUGCAAGGACAACUGUGCACCGAAGAGCAAUCCAAUUGGUGGCUGGCUGCCUAUCAAGUUUAUAAAAAUCUAAACACUGAUAAUUUAGCAGAAUUACGUGCUAACUUACAGUAUGGCAUAGAAGCAGUCCGUGGCAUUAAUGGUCCAAAAAUUGACAUGAUCAUCGUUUUCAAAUUGGGGCAGCUAUUCGUGGCACGCGCACAAGAUAUUGUUAAACCGGUAGAGAAAGGAUUUUUGGAGGCACGUGCGGAGAAUAUUUAUAAGUAUGGCUUAAAUAUGGUGAAAAUGAACAAUAAGGGUGUGUUGGAGCCAUUCCGAAAAUAUUUUAAAUAUGCUAAAGCCAAAACGUCUGUUGUUGAGCGUGAAAUUUCGAAUGCAGCUGAAGAUGCAGUUUCGUAUUUAGCUUCGCGUUAUUUCAAAAAAGCCGAAUAUGAAGAGUUAAUCGAAGAAUUGACUGGUGUACAAUUGCCAUUUGCGACAUAUCUACAAGCAGAAGCUUAUCGUAAAUUGGACGAAGCCAACAAGACACCGAAAAAAGCCAAACGUAUGUAUUUGGAUCGUGCCAGUGAGUGUCUCAAUCAGACUUUGAAUCUCUUGAAAAACACUGAAUCGAAUCCGGAACAUCCUUUGAAUUCCAUAAUACAUACUGAGUUGAAAAGAUUACAACAAGCAACCAUGAAGUUCAUUAAUGAGGGUAGCCCAGCCACCGGCCACAAUAACUCUAGCACUUAUGAAGACGCCGAAGCAGAGUUCUAUCACGAUAUAUCUUUGACUGCCACACCAGCAGUUAACCGGUCCCGACGUGAAGCCAACGCUACCGCUCCAAUAGCUCCACCUCGUAAUAGUGAAAUGGAGAAUUUAGUAAAGCAAAUGGCGAAUACGCUGACCUUAGUGAAAGAGGAACUCAUUGAUAUCAUCAAACCAGAAAUGCUUUCAAUGCGCACGGAAAUCACUUCACUUAAGGAUAAAAUAGCUGGUCUUGAGGAAGCCAUGAAACGUACACGCAUUUCAUCGAAUCCACCCUCACGUGAUGAUGCCUCGCAUGUGCUCGAUGAUCUUUACAUGAUCGAAGAUGCAUUGCAAAAUCAAAUGUACCAACCGCCUUCGCAACCGCAUAUUAAUGUGACUGGUAGCAUGUUCCCCGGCGUAGGUAAUGGCCCCAGCACACAACCACCCGGUGGCGUGCAAAGUCCAUUUGUUGCCGCUCAGCAAUCUCAACAAGCUGCUCAACAAAGAAACUCAAUGCACUUGCAGCCGAAUGCAAUGGCAGCAGCCGCAUACAAUAGUCCCAUGUUUAAUCCGAAUUAUCCAAUGAAUUAUUAUCCACAACCUUACAUGAUGCCACAACCACCUGGUCCACCUGGAUCCGCCGGCGGUAUGUUGGGUCAACGUAAUGCUAUGCCCAUGCCAUAUAUGGAUGCCAAUUUAAGCUUUAGCAUGGCUCAGUCUACGCCAUUAUUGCCCGCUCCUCCACAAGAUGGUCGCCCAAGUAAUUUGUACGGUCUGCUGACACAACCACAACAACCUACAACAAUUACACCGCAAUUCCCACCAUCCCAAUUGCCACAGCUGUCAGUGCCAAUGUCUUUGGCUUCGUUAGGGCCUGCCAUUACAAGUUCCCCAGCUGUUGUUGGUCUACCACCAGCUAUAGCCGCACAAUCGACACCGACCAGUGCGCCCAUUCAAUUCAAUAAAGUACUUAAUAAUCAGCCGGUUGAGAAGGGACCGCCAGCUAAUGUAGUAAUCACCAGUUCAGAUCCGUUACCGAAUCCAAAUAGACCAGCACAACAACCAACAUUGAGUGUGACAAUACCACCACAUCAUAUCAAGCCUAGCCUCGUAGCAACAACCGACUCGAAUGCAGCACAGCCUGCAACACAAGCAGUCCCCACACCAGCUGCCCCUGCUAACGCCAUAACAAAUACCAUUAGCACAAGCAGCAGCGGCGGAUUUACUGGCUUCUCUUUCGGCAAUGCCGCCCCAACUACGCAAAGUCCAUUCAGCAUUACUUUUAGCAGUAGUUUUGCAACGCCUGCAUCUUCUACCACAUCUAUAUUUAGCGGAAAGAAUGCAGUCUCUACUACGUCGAGCAGUACAAUCAGCACUAGCACUUUCAGUUUCAAGCCACAAAUCGAGCAGGCGCAAGCACAGGCAGCCGCUGCAGCUGGAGAGAAUGGUUCGGGAGACAGCAUUUCGGUGUUGAACAAAACCGCAGACAGUUUUUCGAGUGAGCCGAACAAAAGCGGCACAGAAGUCGAGGUAGAAUAUGAUCCACGCCCGGACUUUAAGCCCAUCAUACCAUUGCCUGAUGAAAUCGAGGUUAGGACUGGUGAGGAAGACGAAGAUGUCAUGUUUUGUUGUCGCGCCAAACUUUAUCGCUUUGCAGACAAAGACUGGAAGGAGCGCGGCAUUGGCGACAUAAAGAUACUCAAGAAUAAAGAAGGAUCUUCCAGAAUACUCAUGCGUCGCGAUCAGACACACAAAAUAUGUGCAAAUCACAAAAUAACCAAAGAACUUAUACUAACAACGCCAACGAAUGAAAAGAAGGGACAUAUUUGGGUGGCCAAUGAUUUUGCGGAUGAGGAGUUGAAGACAGAACGCUUCUUUGUUCGUUUCAAGUUGCCAGAGUCAGCGCAGAAGUUUUACGACUGUUUCAAGCAGGCACAAAACGAAGCUGAAGAAUUGGAUAACAAAAAGCACACGACCAUUACGAAAGAACAAAGCACUAAAGAUAAAAAGGACAAACAACCAGCACAAGUUCUGUUUGGCUUAGCCAAGAGUGCAGUAUCAAAUUUCGCCACCAGCACACCGGCUACAAAGACUACUGCUGAAAAAGUACCAGCUGUUGUAACACAAACCUCGGUAGCACCAACGGCUGUCGCUACUAAUACUUUACCAAACGUUGGUGGCGUUUCCAAAACUCUGUUCGGUGGGCUUGGUAAUGUUGCCAGCGUAGGCGAAAAUAACAAAUCGGCGCCACCGAAAACUACUGCUUCGCCAUUCGCUCAUUUCAGUUUCGACAAAGGGGGCGCAACAACAAAUGCACCCAGCUCAAAUGCGACAAACUCCACCACUACUACCACUUCCUCGCCCUUCGCUAAUAUCUUUAGUAAUUUGGGCAAGUCUGGUGUCACCACAUCAUCGCCCUUCAGUGUAGGCAAUCUGCCAGCCUUCUCCGCUACCAAUAGUGCCCAAGAUAGCAUUGCAACAGCCGUCGGUGGAUCUACGGCUACAUCGGCACUGAACAAAUCGAAUACUUCCGAUGCGGAAGAUGAAUACGUACCGACGGCAACUUUCAAUCCAGUGAUACCAUUGCCUGAUUUGGUGGAAGUCUCUACAGGCGAAGAGAAUGAAAUUGUCUUGUUCGAGCAUCGUGCCAAGCUCUUGCGUUUCGACAAAGAUGCUGGCGAGUGGAAGGAGCGCGGCAUUGGCAACAUGAAGCUAUUACAGGACAAGGAUGACGUUAAUAAGGUGCGUUUGGUAAUGAGACGUGAGCAGAUACAUAAGCUCUGCUGCAAUCAACGUUUGUAUAAGAACACCGCUUUCAAAUAUGCCAAGAAUUCACAAACUGCGCUGACAUGGGCUGGUCAAGACUACUCGGAGAGUGAACUGACAACUGAAAUGUUGACUGUGCGUUUUAAAUUAGCCGACACGUGCAAGCAAUUCCAUGAAGCUGUUUUGAAGGCGCAAGCAAAUAUGAGCGAUGAGGCUGAUGAGAAGAACGCAAAGGUUAGCGGCGGCUCCGCAACAAUUGGAAAGCAGACCAAGGAAAAAUCUGAGGGAAAACAAGCUGCCGUUAAAGGUUUUGGUGAUGCUUUCAAACCCAAAGCCGGUUCAUGGGACUGUUCCGCUUGCUACAUAUCGAAUACGGCUGACAAGCAAUAUUGCAUUGCCUGUGAUACACCAAAGGAUGACACUGUGCCCAAAAAGGACACCACCAAUGUGCUGUUAACUAAUCCACCAAAGGCAUCUUUUGUUUUUGGCUUCUCACCAGCAACGAACGGCAAUGUAGCGGCGCCUGCGCAAGCGGCUGAAAGCUUUACUUUCGGUAAGCCUGCAGCCACAUCAAGCAUUCUUGCAGCGAAUACGAAUAGCACUGCAAGCGCGCCACAACCCGUAACCUCUACAACAACGAACACAAAGUCUGGUUUCGGUGAUCAAUUUAAACCGAAAGUUGGUUCUUGGACAUGUCAAGGCUGCUAUUUAAGCAACACGGGUGAUACACUAUACUGCAAGGCAUGUGAUGCGCCUAAAGAUGAUACUGUGCCCAAAAAGGAAUCAACGAAGGAUGUGCUUGCUCUCUCGAAUCCAACGCAGAAAUUCAGUUUUGGUUUUGGUGCGGCCGGCGCCGUCGCAGUCGCUUCCACAUCAACAACUAGUACAACAACAACUACAAGCAGCUUCGCUUUUGGUGGCGUCCAAAACGAAACAGGCAAAACUCUAUUUGGUAAUUUGACGAAUACUAGCACCACUGACGCGCCCAAGUCCUUUACAUUUACACCGGCGACAUCAACACCAGCGAAUGUACCAACAACUUCGAAGCCCGGAUUCUCAUUCCAGCCGCCGUCGAAGACUUCCGGUGCUGGAGGAGAAUCCACAUCCAUGUUUUCUUUAGAUAAAAAAGAUUUCAAUUUCACUUUGAAACCGAAGAGUCCCGGCAAGUCUAGCGGUGCUGGUGGCGGUGAUGCAGAUGCCGCGGUGGACGAUGGUGAAGAUGGCGAUUACCAAGAGGAAGAAAACAACACUUAUUUCACACCGGUCAUACCACUGCCGGAUAAGAUUGACGUGAAAACGGGUGAAGAGGAUGAAGAAUUACUAUAUGUGCAUCGUGCUAAAUUAUAUCGGUUUGUCGAUGGUGAAUGGAAAGAACGUGGGCUAGGCGAUGUGAAGAUAUUGCGUCACAAGCAAACCCAAAAGUUGCGAGUUGUUAUGCGCCGCGAACAAGUGUUGAAAAUCUGUCUCAACCAUGUGCUGAACGAUGAAGUCGAGUACAAACACAAGGAUGAUAAAUCAUGGCUAUUUGUGGUGAACGAUUUUAGCGAGGGCACUGUUGAGUUGGAGAAAUUCUCAUUGCGUUUCAAAAAUAAAGAGAUUGCACAAGAUUUUAUGGUUGUUGUGAAAAGUGCCAUCGCGGGCACCGCUGUCGCCAUUGAGAGUGCCGGUAGUAUAUCCACGAAUACUACUUUGAAUAUGACCGAAAUUGCAGACAACGAAAAGGGUGUGGCAACUCCACCGACUAGUUUGUCGGAGGCGGACAAGUUGACAGCUGAGAAAUUGCAAUUACCUUAUGAAUUCUUUGCAGCACAACCACCUUGCACCGGUUGUCGUGGUUGUGAUCCAGAUUCAUUUGUUUUCCCUAAAGAAAAGCCCGCUGAGAUAUUCGUUAAUAAUGAAGAUAGUGAACACGUAUUGAAACCAUUCGAAUUACCCGUGUUGUCAUUGCCUAAGGCGGACAGUGCGGGCCGUUCACUUCUAAAGCAAAGCGCUCUCUCACCCAUGGUACCCUCACCUGCGGCCACAACGCUUACCUCCAUCACCAGUAACAUUAAAGACACUCCUAAAACGGGUGAAUCAAAUAUAUUUUCGGGUUUUGGUGGCGUGAACUCUACAGCUUUCGGUGCUACUGGUGAAAAGAGUGCCAGCAAUUUUUCAUUCACCGCUGCUAUGAAUAAUACCAAAAAAGACGAUGAAAAUAAGACGACGAACCCAACAAGUGGAACAUUCUUAUUUGGUCAGGGCGCUGGUGGCUUGAGUGGCAGUUCAAUUUUCGGAAGUGGCGGAGAUAAAAACCCAAUUUUUGGUCAAACACCUUCGAUAUUCGGCAAUGCCGCUAAUCCUUUAACUAAAGCUGCAGAUUCCGCUGCCACAACCGAAAGCGACAAACCAAAAUCUAUAUUCGGUGGUAUUGGUAGCAGCACUGGCAGUGGAUCUAUAUUUGGUGGAAAACCAGUUUUUGGUUCAGGCUCCAGUUCAAUUUUCGAUGGCAAAUCAUCUUCGGGCAAUGACACGACAACCAAAUCGAUUUUCGGUAGCUCAACCAACACGACUGCUAAUACCAUUGGAGGAGGCUCUUCGAUAUUUGGCGCUUCAACAUUUCCAGCUUUUGGAAACACCACUAGCACGCAAGGUUCGAUAUUUAGCGGUGGAAAUAAUGCAAACGCGUCAAAUCCGAACACAGUAGCAAACAUUUUUGGUGGUAUACCUAAGGAGCCAACUGUAGCCGCACCCAGUUUUGCUGAUCUCUCGAAGAAAGCUGGCGUGACUGAUUUUGCCAGCUUAGCUGCGAAUGUGAAUUCCGCCAACACCAAUAAACCCGCGGAAAAACCUGGUCCGGGCGGUUUCAUUGGUCUAACCGAUGAAAAUGCCUUUUCCAGCUUCUCCAAGUCGGCACAAAACAUGUCAAAAGAUGGCAACGCUAACGAUUCCACCCAAAACGAUGAUAAUGAAAAUUAUGAUCCGCAUUAUGAUCCUAUAAUUGCUUUGCCAGAUGAAAUUCAAGUAAGUACCGGCGAGGAAGAUGAAACGAAAUUAUUCGGUGAACGUGCGACCCUAUACCGCUACGAUGCAAAUACAAAAGAAUGGAAGGAACGCGGCGUUGGUGAACUCAAAAUAUUGGAACACAACACCAAGCAUACGUAUCGGCUGGUAAUGCGGCGAGAGCAAAUACACAAAUUGGUUUUGAAUCAUGCAGUUGGUGCGGAUUUCACUUUUAACAACAUGAAUAACAAUCCAAAGAGUUUUAUUUGGGCAGCGCUAAACUAUGCCGAAUCGUCUGAAGGCGAAGUUGAAAAAUUGGCGGUGCGUUUCAAGAAUGUGGAUCUAGCAAAUCAGUUCAAACAGAAGUUGAAUGAUUGUAUCACGUCGAAAAGCAACGAGCCCGUCAGUACUUCCCGAUAGUUUAUUUAAUUGAAUAUGUUUAAAAAAAUAUUGUGGUAUCGGAAACAUCUGAAAAAUCAUAAAUUAACUAAUUUGUAGCAUUCCUCAUUUCUCACUAUUCACGUACAUAUGUGUUUUUGUAUUAUUCACAAUUUUUAUUUUAUUAUAUUUUGCUGAAAAUUUGUUACUUUUUGCUCAUUUGAAUUUUGGCAAAAAGGUCGUACGAAAUUUUUUUGUUUGUCAGUUUCGUUGCAUGUGCGACAUUUGAACAAAAUUAGUAAAAGAAAUUAUUACAGUUGUGGUAUAAAAUAAAAUUGUUAUUCGUACACUAUACUUACUACAUAUAAUAAGAACUUAAAUUACAUCUUAAAA